GUCUUCGUCGUCGUCGUCGUCGUCGUCAACUAACUAUCGGUUAGCGCGGCUGUGCGUGGGACGAGUCAACGGGACUGGAUUGGAUGUCGACCCCGGCAUCAUCAUCAAAGGGAACGACGAGAGAGAGAGGCAAGCAAGUUUUUGCGGCUACGGCUGCCGACAGCGGCGGGUGGUCUUCUGGUCUGGUCUGGUCUGGUCUGGUGGUAAGCACAUCAGCAGCCUCACGACGUCAACUCUGGUCCGCCCCCCCAGAUGUCUAUAAGUAUGCCCCGUCUGCCUGCGCCCGUUCUUGGUGAUGACCCGAUCUCACUCAGCACGCCCCGAGCCAGUCUCGUAUACAUAACUUGCACUCUCUCUCUGUUGCUUCUUCGCUUCGAGGUCCCUGGCGGAUCUGUCCAUUCCCUCCUUUAGAACUCGCUUCAUCAAGACAAAGUGGUCAAUCUCCUCUCCCCUGUGCUCUGUACAUAUACACCGUUACUCUCCCCAUACACUCCUUAUAGUCGAGACCUUGGUCAAGAUGCUCUUUGCCGCUUCUUCCCUCGCCUGCCUCGGCCUCAUGGCCACCUCGGCCCUGGCAGCCCCCUUCAAGCCCGCCGCCGCCAUCACAUCAACCCGCCGCGGUGCUUAUGGCGGCGAGGCCCAAAACGUCCUCUACUGGGGCCAAAACGGCGGCGGCACCACCGAAAACGAGGACCUGGCCGCGUACUGCACCAAGGCGGCCGGCGUAGACAUCGUCGUCCUCUCCUUCAUCUACCAGUACGGCAAGGGCCAGCUGCUCCCCGGCGGCGCCAUCGGCCAGUCGUGCACCAUCACCGCCGGCAAGGGCCAGGGCUGCGACGCCCUCGCCCGCGCCAUCGACACGUGCAAGUCCAACGGCGUCAAGGUCAUCCUCUCCCUCGGCGGCGCCACGGGCUCCUACUCGCUCUCCUCCCAGCAGGAGGCCGAGGCCAUCGGUCAGAACCUGUGGGACGCCUACGGCAACAGCCAGGGCUCAAACUCGUCCUCGUACCCUUCGUCCUCCUCGGCUGCCUCGCCGCGGCCCUUUGGCAAGACGUUUGUCGACGGCUUCGACUUUGACAUUGAGAGCAACAGCGGCAACCAGUACUACGAGUUCAUGAUCGCCAAGCUGCGCUCCAACUUCGCCUCCGACCCCUCCCACGCCUACUACAUCACCGGCGCGCCCCAGUGCCCGACCCCGGAGCCCAACAUGAACCAGAUCAUCACCAAGGCCCAGUUCGACUACCUCUUCGUCCAGUUCUACAACAACCCGGGCUGCUCCGUCGACGGCGAGAUCAACUGGGACGCCUGGAAGUCCAACAUCGCCAGCGGGCCGUCCGCAAAAGCCAAGCUCUUCCUCGGCGUCCCGGCCUCGCCCCUCGGCGCCACCGGCACCCAGAACGGCGCAAAGUACUACCUCGAGCCCGCCAAGCUGGCCGCCCUCGCCAACAAGCUCAAGGCCGACGGCGUCUUUGGCGGCAUCAUGAUGUGGGCCGCCGGCUUCUCCGACGCAAACGUCAACAACGGCUGCACCUACGCCCAGGCCGCGAAGCGCAUCUUGACGACUGGCUCGCCGUGCUAAGCGCUACACUCGUUUGCUUUUUUACCACACGGCUUCUCCUGAGACGUGCCUCUCAUCUUUUUGGGUGGUCGUCCCGGAGCCUCCCCUGGCUCUCAGGCCUCAUCUUCCCUUCUUGGACAUACUUAGCAGUUUCUUGAACCUUUGGACAUAUUGGACACUCACUGGCAUGAUACACGUACAUACAUACAUGUAGCCACGGCCACCGGGCCUUGGCUUGGAUGAGGAGUUGGGGCACAGAUACCAAUCGUUAUUCACCAUCUCAGACUGUC